AUGGUACUGCAUGCUCCACAGCGUCCACCUAGUUGGGAGGGUAUUCGGAAUGCCACCCAGUACGGCAGCGACUGUGUGCAAUCUAGCGGCGGCUCGGAGGACUGCCUCUACCUGAACGUGUACGUGCCGGGCGUCCCGCAAGAGGGUGCAGGGCUGCCCGUGCUCUUCUGGGUGCAUGGCGGAGGAUUUUCCGCCGGCAGCGGCUCUGACCAGGAGCACGGACCUGACUUUCUCGUCUCCUACGGCGUCAUCCUGGUCACCAUCAACUACCGACUUGGCCCACUCGGUUUUCUGAGCACCGAAGACUCCGUGGUGCCUGGCAAUGCUGGGCUCAAGGACCAGCGGCAGGCCCUGCUGUGGGUGCAGCAGAACAUCGACAGGUUCGGCGGGGACCCGCAAUUGGUAACACUGCAGGGGCAGAGUGCUGGCGGCGUCGCCGUGUCCUACCACCUCGUGGCGAACGCGUCGGCAGGCCUCUUCUCGAGGGUCAUCGACGAGAGCGGCACUCUGGUGGCCUCGAUCUCUGGGACGAGGGACGCCCGCUACCACGCCUUCAGGCUGGGCGCCGCGCUGGGGUUGGAGACGGAGGACUCCCAGGAGCUCGUGGAUUACCUGCGCUCUGUCAACGCCUCUGACUUACUGGUGGACGACGCACUUCUCACAACGGACGAGGUACGUAAGUUGUAUAUGUCAAACAUCGUAUGGUCGCCCAACAUAGAACCUCCAACACAGAGCGCGUUCCUGACGGAAUCUCCCAUUUCAAUUUUGAACGAGGGCCGUUUUCUGAAAUUGCCCCUCAUGAUCGGUGUCACUUCCGCUGAACUCGGUUUCAGCAUCCUCAGCCAAUCAGCGGUGAUCACCAACUUGAACGAGCAGUUUGAGCAAGUUGUGGGUCCCUGUCUUCACCUACCGACAACCGAAGAGCAGGCGGAAGCUGCCUUGAGGAUUAGAAAUUUUUAUUUCGGCAACGAAAGCAUUUCUCCAGAAAACCCGGAGCCAUUAGUGCAGCUAAACGAAGACAUCACCUUCUUCGAGCCGACCGAUUCCCUCGUCAGAAAACUGACCCAGCUGACUGACGUGCCAGUAUAUUACUACAAAUUCGACUAUCCUGGGCCUAACGUCCCUACAAAUGAAUGGGGCGUCAUACAUGGCGGAGAACUGCCGUCUCUCUUUGUGCGGAAGGAUACUGAGUAUAAUUUGGAUCCUGAGUCCGAGGAGGACCGAGUACGGAGAAACGUGUUACGUCUCUGGACCAACUUUGCAAAAUACGGGAACCCUACGACCGAGGCGGAUCCCGUGCUCUGGGAGCCAUAUGACCUGACCAGCCGCAGCUACCUGCUGAUGCAAGCCAACUUCUCGCUUGCCCACAACAAGGACAGCGAACGGAUGGAUUUCUGGAACCAGAAUGUGCCGCUGUUGCCGUACCCUGGCACAUACUAGUGGGAGAGGUGUUCAACUACAGGAAACAGAAAGUUACACAAUGUAUCGAACAAACCAUGUAACGUACUACGCAGUUCGAAAUGUCCAAGAGUAUAUCUUUGGCUUCAAUUCGCUGGACACGUUCGAUAUUAU